AUGGCAGCCAAGCGAAGUUCCACGACCCUUGUGGAUCUGGGGUUAUACAAGCUCGAAAUGACCAUCCGCGGGCCGCCCCGACGAGCCCACAACCCCAUCGUGGUGAUCAUCCCCGACAUUGGCAGCAGCGUAAAAGAAUGGACCGCGGUCACUCAAGGCCUUGCAGAUUCUACGAGUGUUUUGAACUAUGAGCGCGCUGGAUAUGGCCAGAGUGAAAUAGCUCCACAGAGCGACUCCAGAUCUGUCGAGGAGAUUGCUGUGGAGUUACACACACUGCUCAAGACUGCCAAAGUUGCGCCUCCGUAUAUAGUGAUCUGUCACUCGUACGGCGGCGUUAUCCUGCAGGAGUUUAUCAAGUUGAGAAAUUUGGCUCAGUUUAAGGGCUUUGUUUUCGUUAAUGCGAAUACGGGGGACACUCCGAUGAGCUUUUUGAGCCCUCACGUCCAGGCUCUCCAACAGGGAAUUGAUACUCUGGAUUUAUGCUACGGGGAUUGCCAUCGUCUGAGUACAUCAGAAUGGGACGUUAUAUCAAAAGAGGAAGCACGCCCGGAGCAUCAAGCUGCGGCAGCAAGAGAAAUAGUCGGUUACCAUGCUCAGCAAGACGACCAUUGCGUCAAGAAACAGUCGGGUUUCGAAAAGCACGAGUUGGGCCGUGUGCCUCUCGUGGUUGUACAUGCAGAUUCUGUAGUCGAUCUUGGCAAGAUAUGUACUAAAGGACUUCGGCUCGGGAAUGGUACAGAUGCUGAUAGAGCUGCAAUGCAUGAGUCUAUCCAAGAGCUCAAGGCAAAUGAAGGGAAAGCGCAGAGCAUGUUGUUGGAUUUAUCUGAACGGUCAAAGUUACAGCACGUUGGCGGUUCUGGAUCAAAGGCACAUCUGACAGCUCCAGAGAGUGUUGUGGAUGCUGUGAUUUGGAUUCUCAUGCAGUACAGAUGCUGA